AAGAUCGGACGGUGGUGGAAGUAGUGAGACAGAGAGGUAGAGGUAGGUCUAGAGCGCCAGCGAGACAGCCCGGUUGCAACGGGCGCGUACAAACGUAUCAUGCUGGGUAGGGCCGGUGCCGAGAUGCCGGCUUGUAAACGAAACCAGUUUGCUAUCCGAUACGAUCCAGGCAACAGCGGCCUCGCGUGAUAUCCCCACGACGUGGAAGAACGUCAGCGCGCCUGGCCUAGUGGGUGUUACCUGAGCGACCUGGAGAACGGUCGCGCGAACCCACCUGACAGCGAUCUUCAAUGGGCAUCGGAGCUCCUCACAACGCGAGCCUGCUCCAAUUCAGACGUUGCCACGUGCCGCUAUUCGGGAAUUGUUUCGAAAUUAAUCAGUGACGUGUUGCGACGCGCGCGCGAGAGAAAGGGAGAAAGAGAGAGGGAGGGAGAGAAUCGUCAAUGUGGGCUUUCAGAAUUUAGUACCUGCGGAAACGGAGAGGCGAUCGUUCUUCGGGCAAUUCUCUCACCUUGUAAGAGAUUAAUAAAACUUCUCUUUCCAGAUGCCAUAAUACCUGAUUCUGUUUGUACUUUCAAACAUUAAAGUUUUGUGGUGCCGAAUAGUGAAGUGGAUAUUCAUCCAGUGACCGUCACGUCCGUUUUGUAAUGAACGAGCGUACCGCGCGUGACUCCGACGAAUCAUGAGAAGAUCCAAGAGCAAGCAUAAAUCGGAGCCGCGUGUUUCCUGAACCGCGACAGAUUCGGGAGGACAUCGGUACUCCAAAGAAGACAGGCUGAGCCAAAAUUGGCGUAUCGCGAGAGGAUCACCGUUUCGGGAAGAUGUCCGCCGCUGGGACCACACCGCCAAACGCGAACGGUCCGCUCGUACCUUGCCCGUAUCUUGCCCUGCCAACCCUAUCUUUCUCCGUCAGUCAGGUGGCAACGGUUUGCGAGACCCUGGAAGAGAGCGGCGACAUUGAGAGGCUGGCCAGAUUCCUAUGGAGUCUUCCGGUCGCUCAUCCCAAUAUUCAGGAACUGAACCAGAGUGAGGCUGUUCUCAGAGCGCGUGCCAUUGUGGCGUUUCACUCGGGACAUUAUCGGGAGCUUUACGCUAUACUGGAGAGGCACAAGUUCACCAAGGACUCGCACGGUAAAUUGCAAGCCAUGUGGCUGGAGGCGCAUUACCAGGAGGCCGAGAAACUCCGCGGCCGGCCGCUGGGUCCCGUGGACAAGUAUCGCGUGAGGAAGAAAUUCCCGUUACCGAGGACAAUCUGGGACGGCGAACAGAAGACGCAUUGCUUCAAAGAGAGAACCAGAUCGCUGCUCCGAGAAUGGUACCUCCAGGAUCCUUAUCCGAAUCCGGGAAAGAAGAGAGAGCUGGCCGCCGCGACGGGACUCACGCCGACGCAAGUUGGAAAUUGGUUCAAGAAUAGAAGGCAGAGGGAUCGCGCUGCUGCAGCGAAAAACAGCAGAAUGCAGCAACAGUCGGGCCAAGGAAACGGAAACGCGCGGCGUACUCUGAGCCCGGGGCCUGGCGGCAGCAGCAGCGAGGAGUCCGACAUUUCCCUCGGAGGAACGUCACCGCCAUCGCCAAGUUCCUCACCGCCACCGAACCACCAGCCGUCCCCGGUGCCCCUUGGACCUCUCGGCCCUUUGCCACCACCCUCUUUGAAUUUCCGCUUCGAUCCUACGCAGACGCACUUUCGAUUCGGUCACACGACGGCUUUCAAGUUUCCACCGACGAGCUUCCGAUUCGGACCGCACAGUCCGCAACCUAAUCAUCCGAACAUGCCGGGUGGUGGAAUUUUCAGGUUCGCGGAGUCGAGCCCUUUCCAGGCUGUAGGACCCAGGGGUGAUCCGGCGACGAGGCUGCCGGAUUCGCUGGGUCUGCCACCGCCGAGACUCCAUCCGCACGAAGGCCUGCUACACCAUCCCCACCCCCAGCACCAGCUGUCCGAGGGAAUAUCUAGGAUAUCCGAGACGUCGCGAUUAUCCGAUGGCGGGUUAUCCCGUCUCUCGGACAGCUUAUCGGAGGCCCACAGCCCGCCGCUGAUGGCGGCAAACCUGUCGGUCACCGGCCCGCUGAGGGUGGCCGUGCCUAGCCCACACACCCCCUCGUCCCGAGGCAGCCCGCCCCCCCGUCAACCAACACCCCAGAGUCAGUCCCAAGGUCAGGGGCUGAUAAGGGUCGCAACGCCACCGCCGGCAAAUCCGAGACCGCAGAUCCACAGGCCCUUCUCGCCCGCGUGAUACGACAAGGACGACGAAUUGCGUAACGCCGUCGGCACAGAUAACAGUUUAAUGUCGAAAAAGGGCUACAGGUGCGGUGACGUCGCGAACGAGCGCUUCAAGGUGUUAUGAAGGCGGGGGGUUUUCAGAAGAAUCUUCAUGGAUCGGGAAAAGAAUUGAUUGUGUCUAGGAAAUUACGAGUGUGCAGCGUCGCAGAUCCGAUGCGACAUUCUAAACGGAAAGUUUCACAAUUUCGCCAGGGCCGAGAUGAGCAUCAAUGAAGCUACAGUACCACCGACGGAGAUUAUUCAAAGAUAGAUGCAAGAUGUGAUCACGAGUAUUUAGCAAGACGGCUUUCUUCCACGACGACAGUUAGCAUUACCGAAAAAAAAAACAGAUCCAAGGAGCUAAACGAUGUACACAAAGAUGAAUCAACGGUACCAGUACAGUAGGUACAUUGCCGAGAGAUUCUACUCGGAGAUAUGAGAAGUUAUAUAUGAAUCUUAGGAAGAAUUCAUUUGGUGAUGUGUGAUAGGACGCUCUUAUAAGAUGCGGGAAUAGACGCUUCGAAAAGUGAGUGCGAAUCCGCUAAAUAAGUGCAAUCUUUCGGAUUUUGAAAAGAAAAAAAUAAACGAACGGUCAGGGCGUGUACAUAACUUCCGUUGGACGUUCCCGACUCGUCCGUUCAUCGAAAUCCAAGAAACCAGAUGCAGUGAGUCUUAUAGUUUGUAAAUAGUGCCGCUUUCUAGUUGAUACUCUAUCAUGAAUAGUCUCCGAGAGGAUGGUUAAUCAAGCAGCGAAUUGUACAGGAUUUUCAUGAGAAAAGUAAACGCUUUCGAAAAUAUAUUUCAAUUAUGUUUUCAUUAUAUUAAACGUUUCGAUUAUGCAAAAGUAUCUGACAAAAAAAAUAUUUGUUUCGAAGAGAUGAAUCAUAUGAUUAAAAACUUCAGUAUUUCGUUCUCGUGAUUUCGAAAUCGUUAAAGAAAAUUUUUUUUUUAACUCUUUGAUUUCUUUUUUAUUUAUCAUAAAAGUAUUAAUUUCUUGUAUGAAAAUCCUGCAUUUUGACGACGUCUCGAAGUAGCAGCCUGCAAGGCGACAAAAUGAGAAUGCGAGAGAACUCGAAGUUGGACUCGCUACGGCAGUGGUUUCAUUGUCAGAUUCGAUGGCGCAAAAAGGCAUACGAAUUCCCAAUACCUAGCCGCAGAUGGAGAUCAUUGCGUUACAAUAUUUGAGAAAUCCAAAAAUGUCGUAGUCGCAACGAAAUAUUCUCUAGUACCCACGAGCAGUUCUUUUUCUUCGUUUUUAUCUUCCUUUUUUUGUUUAAAGUUAACGAAAACGCACGACAAUUGUGCUAGAUUAUAUUACUGAGGUCACCAAUAAGAGCUCUAAUCUAUUUCUUAUACUUUUUUCUUAAAAUAUAUCCCGUGUUAAUAAACUUACACCGCUGUCACAUAUUUUCAUAAAAACUCUAGAUUUUUUCAAAGCAAAAAUGUCAAAGAUAAUAUAACAUGCUCCUUUCUUCUACUAAAAUAUAAUUUUCAAUUUUUUAUUUAUGAACUUGGUUUAUAAAAGCAAUACAUUCCGUCAUCACUUUUUCUUGCAUUUCAUUCCAAAAUUAUUUGGGUCCUCUCAUAAAUCUCAAAUUCUUGUGACUCAUUCUUUUUUUUUUUAUUCAUUCUUUAUAAGAGACCACUAUAUAUGAGUCUAUAGUCUGUUCACGAUUUUUAUUUUGUAAAUUUAUAAUAUUAUUUUGGGACUUCAGUUACAUUCGUAGCAUAAUUGUUUAUAUGUCGAUUAUCCAUGUUAUUAGUACGACUGUACAUGUGUACUAUACCAGUGUAAUCCCUCAUAUGUGGAGAGUGAGAAAAGCUUCAUACUCUAGAGAAAAACUAUAAGAACAGCUCGGGUCUGAACGAGAGAGAGAGAAAGAGAGAGAGAGAGAGAGAAACAUGACUUGUUCUAUAAAAAGAAAAAGAGUGCGAUACCCGAAUGAGCCAAUUUACGCUCCUUCCCCGCCAAUUCCCUUCCCGUUAGGUUAAGUAGAAACUAGCGACACAUUGUAUAUUUCAUUAAUCGCCUGGCUCUUUGGGGAAGGCCUGCGUCACUCUGGGAAUAAAAAGAGCGUAGAAGAGAAUUUCGAGGCCGGGUAUGGCCAAAAUCGAUCUUAUUAAGCGCGAGACGAUAGGAGAAACCUCACGCUUUCGCCCUCCUCUUGUAGAUAGACUUGAUUAGCGAAAUUCUUGUAUAAUCCGUCUUAUAAAUAUGAACAUAUUACAGCAGUACGUACGCUAUACAUACAAUAUACAUAUAUAUAUACAUAAUUAUGGUAAAGACUUACGUAAUUUACCUAAAGACUAUCGAUACGGAAAUUAUACAUAUAUAAAUAUAUGAAGAAGAAAUGAAGCAUUAUUAUUAUUAAUAUUAUUAAUAUUAUUAUUAUUAUUAUUAUUAUUUGCGCCUGUACAUACGUUCGCGCGAAAAUAUAUUAACAGAUUAUUAUGACAUUACAACG